GUGCAGAGAGAGGCUAGAGAGGCUCAGCGAUAUAGUAUCAGUCAUGAUGUAUCAUAUGCAGAGGAUGUAAGACGGAUUGGUAGAACUACAGUGCGGACUGAUGGAGCUUACAUGGAUGUUCCUGUAGUUUUUUCUGUCCUAUGUGAAGCACACGCCGAGAGGACAGAGGGAUUUCACGUCUUAAUCACUGGAAAUUUGAAGAAAUGACUGAUCCAGAAGUCAACCCCAAGGCCUACCCUCUUGCUGAUGCCACACUGAGCAAAACCAUCCUGGACCUUGUGCAGCAAGCUGCCAAUUACAAGCAGCUCCGCAAAGGGGCCAAUGAAGCCACUAAAACGCUGAACCGUGGUAUCGCCGAGUUCAUCGUGAUGGCCGCAGACGCAGAGCCCCUGGAGAUCAUCCUCCACCUGCCACUGCUCUGCGAGGACAAGAACGUACCCUAUGUGUUUGUGCGUUCCAAGCAGGCCCUGGGACGCGCCUGUGGGGUCUCACGCCCCGUCAUUGCCACCUCGGUCACCAUCAAGGAGGGCUCGCAGCUCAAGCCCCAGAUCCAGUCUACCCAGAUGGCCAUUGAGAGACUGCUGGUGUGAGCAGAGCUCAGGUUGGGGGUUGUAGGGUUAACGAUGGGACGCCAGCUGCUUUUGUCAUAUUCAUAUUUUUGUAAAUGGGACAGGCUAUGAUUUAAUUUGUUGUGCUGCUUUAUGUUUGAUGUCCUGUCAGACUCAUGUACAGAAUAUUCUAUUUUGUAGGGCUGUGUCCAUUUAGAAAUGUUGGGACAGCAUAGGCACAGAGAGCAAUGAGACAGGUAUUUCACUGGAUGUAUAAAUGUGAAGCAUCUGGUUGGCAUUUCCACUCACUACCAAAUAUGGCGGGCAGUGGGAGAAGAUGGAUUUUGGGUGACAUUCUGCAUAUUUUCUCAUCGAUUACACAUUUAAUCUCAAUACCGUUUUCUGUUCCCAAAACUAGAAUCUGUUAUGAACAGAGUGGACUAAGUUUUGUAGACUUUACCCUUUGCAAAAGUAAAAAAAUCGCAUUGUUAGGAGUGUAAAGGCGAAUUGAGUUAUUGAACGCACGCACUUCAGAGUAGGCGUUCCCUAAUGGAAAUAUGCAGAUGUUAGAACGCGCCAAUAGGAUAUCGCUAGCGUGUGCUUGGCUCUGCCCAUUAUGACAUUUGUUCCCAUUGUAAACGACAAGCUGUGGUCUCUUGGUUUAGUUAUAAAAAUCUUUGGCAUAGGUAUAUAUCUGAAGCAUGGGAACAAAAUAAAUUGUUUAACUUGUUAUCAUUAUUAUGUUGUAAAUGUGUAAAUUAUAUAAAGAGUGUAUACGGGUCAGUUUAUAUAGGACGUCACACUAAGCAUAGUAAAACCAUAGCAAUCACACUGUUAGCUUUCCUUAUUUUGACCGUUUGUCUUAAAUUGGUGCGUCUAAAGGUGAACAUGUUCAUUCCAGUAUUCGUGUUUCAUUUGGGAAACUUUCCUACAUAAUAAAAUAAGUUUUGAAAUGAA